AUGUUCAAAUAUAAAAAUCUAAGAAUAUUCUAUUUGUCAUAACUAGGCUUGAGAUCUUUUUCUACUUAACAUAUUGAAGCUUAUAGAAUUCUUGGAAUAUCAGAGCAAAGCUCUAAGCAAGAGAUAAAAGAAGCAUUCAGAAAGUUAGCCUAGCUUUAUCAUCCAGAUGGUAAAUAAGGUGACUCAAAAAGAUUUCUAGAGGUUAAAAAUUCAUAUGAUCAAAUUUUGAAGGAGAGAUUCGAAAAAGAUCCUGCUGUUGAAGAUAGUGAUAAUUAAUCAUAAGGAUAAAAUAAAGAAAAAGAAGAAGCUAUGCUGAGGAUUAGAUUAAGAAUUAAGGCAGAAAUGGACAAAAAGAAGUAUGAGGAAUAAGUUAAAAAGUAAGAAUAGGAGAAAAUGAUAUAGGAAAACUUAAUAAAACUCUAAAAGGAAAAAGAUAGAGAUAGAGCAUGA